AUGAGGAGGGUGGGGGUCCUGUGGCUGGUCCUGCUGGCUCGCGCGUGCGUCGUCAGGGCCCGGAGUCCCCGGAGCGCUCGCGCGGAGCGACGCCGGCCUGCCGAGCGGGUCCGGGGGCGUCCGGUGCUGCGGGAGCCCCAGGACGGCGGGGACCCGUGCCCGGCUCUGGAGGAGAGAGCCGGCUGCCUGGGGUACGUCGACCCCCGGGGCCGGGACUGCGGCCGCGGUCACGUCCCCGCCUUCAUCGCGAGCUUCGCUCGCAGCCCGGAGAGGAACCGACCCGCUCCGUCCUCAAGACGGCCCGACGACCGAGAGGAUGCGGGGUACUGGGUGGAGUUCCGGGUGGACACCCUGUCCCCGCCGUGCUCGGGGGACGCCCGGCCCUGGACCCGCUGGAUGCGGUAUCUUCGGCGAGGCCACGUGGUGUGCGCGGACUGUCGGCCCCCGGCGACGAGUCCCCGGACGCCCCGCUGCUUGGGCGACGGCCCGGACGCCGACGGAGAUCAAGUUCUUCACUGGCAAGCCAUUGGCAACCCCCACUGUCAUGGAACUUGGAAAAAAAUUCAGAAGGUGGACCGGUGUUCGUGCCCAGCUGUACACAGCUUUGUGUUUGCCUAGAUUUCAAAGUGGGGAGGGGAGAGUGCUGUGCGACCUUGGGCAAGGGGCUUAAUUUUUC